CCGGACCGCGCGCGAAGUUCAGUUACAUAACAGAGGGCGCCGCAGACGGUCGCCUGCACACGACCCCACUAAAUAAAUAAUUUAUAUUUAGUAGUUUAAAUCCGACAAGUACAUAGUAAUGCGGAAUAAUAAAAUAGAUGAAUAAAUAAUUUAGUGAUUUUUAAAUUUUUGUUCGCGUCAUGAUGUAUUUUGACAUUCGAGCUCUAUUGGUCCUGGCAUGUGUGUGCACAUGCGCGUGCGGCGCAGGCUGGUCGUGGCCGGCGGGCGCCGAGUCGGUGCGCAUCGACACCAAGGUGCGCUUCGUGGACGACGAGCCUGCGCCCGCGCCGCCUGACAAGUCAGUCUCCACCACCGUUGUCAUAGGCAAGCGCAGCGAGGUACAGUCAGACGAAGCCCCGUUCCGGCCUCCGGUGGAGACCGAGGGCUUCUACAACCGGCCGCCGGGCGCCGCCGGCCGCUACCCCGUGCGCGUGCGCGUCGAGGGCAGCGCCGCCUACCGCGUAGACCAACACGCCGUCUACCCAGUCAGCACUGCUAAAAGUAACGAUGGAACCAUAGACUCGGUGCAGUAUUGCAAGUGUGUCUCCACACCGGACUGCAACCCGAGACACGAUUCCGCUGAAGUGUGCGGCGCCGGCAAAUAUCUCUGUUGCUACAAACGACCGAAUAAGUUAAAACAGCACAAUACAGAGUUCUUCAAUGAAAUAGACGACGAGCGUCCUAUGCUGUACCCGGGCAAGGAGGACGUGGGCGGUCCGUUCCCGCCGCCGCCGGGCAGCGAGCUGGGCGGCGUGUUCGGCCCCGGCCACGGCCACGACGCCGUGCUGCUGGGCGCCGUCGACCAGGCGCGCGACACACACGUCGACGACCUCUUCGCUGAUGCCAGGAAGCCGUCACUCGUCGGCCCCAGCGGCCCAACCGGCCGCUUCGGCCCCCCGCCCGUCCUCACCGGCCCCGGCGGGCCCACCGGCAUCAUCGGCCCAGCGCCCGUCAACACCGACAACCGUGCGUCCGCACAGAGAAACGUUCUAGUCGGCCCCGGCGGCCCGACCGGCAUCAUAGGACCCUACAACCAGCGGCCCGUGCUCGUCGGUCCGGGCGGGCCCACCGGCAUUAUCGGCCCUAACAGGGGAGGAUCACGAGGAGUAUUAGUCGGGCCCGGAGGCCCCACGGGCAUAAUAGGCCCCUCGUACUCUAGGCAACAGCGGCCGGGGCUGCUGGUGGGCCCCGGGGGUCCGACCGGCAUUAUUGGACCCGGCCGGCAGCUGCUUGUGGGCCCCGGCGGCCCCACGGGCCACAUCGGCCCGCAGCGAUACUUCGGUAACUAGCUGCGAUGACUAAUGUGUCGUGUACUAAUACAUCGUGUCCCGGCCGUAGUGUUUACGUUCAGACUGUGAGUGCCGCCAGUGCCCGUAAAUGUAAAUAUUAUGUUAGAUCUAUAAUGAACGUAUCAAGUACUAAUUACCGUAGUUCAUAUUGUUUUAUUAAAUAAGUAGCUGUGUCUUAGCUUUAUGUAUUAAGAUACAAUGUGUUGUUAUUUUUUAUGUUUAUUUUUCAGUAAUUUUAGUUAGCAGUUACAUAAAAUAAGUGUGUGGGAAAGUAAGUAUACUUAAUUACAUUUGUACAUAAUACUGUAGCUGCGUUGUAUGUGAUUUGUUAUUAAUAAUAUAAUAUUUGGAGUAA